AUGCCUCCACGAUUUCGCCUCCGCCCAGGCUCCGUCUCAGACUUAAACCACGCGGUGCGUCUCUAUGAUGCUUGUCUCGGCUCUGACAAGUUGAUCCAGAUCUUGUUCCCGGGGAGGAGGGAACAAGACCCAGUGGGAUUCAAGACCCACCUGUAUAGACUGUAUGCCAAGCGGUUCUGGUCCGUGGAAUGGAUGUUUACCUUCAUCGUCAAGGAGGCUGGUCAAGAAGGCGAAGAGGAAGAAGAGGAGGUUGUGGGCUUUUCGUGCUGGAAGAAGCCGGCGGGAGAAAUUGGCUUUGCAGAGAGAUGGUUUAGCAUAUUCGCCUGGAUCGCCCCUGUAGUGCGAAACUUCAUUGCCCUCCAAACCAAGCUCUGCCCCACCGUCGACUUAUACCCAGCCACCGCCUUUGACCGCUGCUUCCCACCCAUCGAAGAGGCCCUCUUCGUGGACAAGAAGCCCAAGGAGUGGUGGUAUCUCAGCACGCUGGCCGUGCACCCUUCUUAUCAGGGCCAUGGGCUCGGUGGCUUGCUCAUGAAUGAAGGGCUGGACAUGGCCGACGCGUAUCAGCAGAAGAAGAGCCAGGGGGACGGAGUAACAAGGGGCAAGGUCUGGCUGAUUGGCCUCAGAGGUACGGAUGCGUUUUAUAUGAGAUUUGGAUUCAAGGAGGUUGGAAGGGCGAAUGUGGGGGAAUUGAGCGAGUGGGAUGGAGGACUUGUCAUGUUUAGGGAGUAG